GAGCGAGAAGGGGUGUGGAAGAAGCUUGAAGAACUCAUUCAAGAUGGAUCUACAAAAGCUACUUCUGAGCCCACAGAUGAGCCACCAAUAAAGAAAGGCCUCUUGUGCUUUUCUUCUGACUCUGACUCUGAUGAUACAUCCUUCCAGUGAAGCUACUGCUGCUUUGGUUCAUCACAGAAAGAUGGAGUCAGGUCUGGUCUUAGUGUUGCUCCUUUGUGGACUGGGGAUCGGAGCACACGCUCAAUGCUCCCAAACAGAUAAUUCUUGUAAGAACUGCCCUCCUGGUUGGACCUCAUUUCAAGGCCGCUGUUACCUGUUUGUGGAUGAUAAAAUGGACUGGGCCGACGCUGAGCGUUACUGCAACUUCCUGGAUGGAAACCUGUCCUCCAUUUUAUCAAAAGAGGAGUACGACUUCAUCAGGGAUCUGAUCUUUAAAGCUACAGGAAAAAACCCAAGAACCUGGGCUGGAGCCACUGACGCAACAAAGUUGGGCUACGGGUUGUGGAGUGACGGUUCGACAUAUGACCAAAACUUCUCGUUCUGGGGCCCCGGAGAACCAGACAUGAAAGCUAUUGGUGCAAACUGCAUGGAGAUCAACAUGAAUGACAUUGAUUUUGUCGACAAUGUAGUCUGCAGCCAACUGAAUCCUUUCGUCUGUGGCAGAAACCCGUAACCGAGCCCUCGUUUCCUGACACGAUGAUGUCACUCCUG